AUGACUACCACUUCUCCAAACCCGCCCUGGGUCUUGAAGAAGAAGGUUCUUGUUUAUGCAUUCGAUCUCGAUGUUUUUUGUGUUACUCGCCUUAGUAUUGACCAUGAUCAGACUGCAAACCAAGGAUCUAUCUCCCUUUUGAUUACGGCAGAUCUCGCUAACUUGAACGGCAGAUCAAAGGUGCUGACUUUGAACAUCCCUCUAGAAACAGUCGAAAAAUGUGGAUUGGCUCGGCGAAGCAACGACGACCUCUGUCCACCCCGUUUGGUCCCCAUGCUCCCGGCACCUGUCACCAAUGUUUCGGCCGUCUCAACACUGAGUCUGAGCCUCGGUACGACCGGCACUGUUCUUUGUCCAUCUGACAUGGAGUCUUUAAGCCCAGCCACACCAGGAGACUUGAACUUUCACUCAUUUGCAAAAAUCUGUCAAUCCAAAUUUCUCCGUGUACACUUUUCUGGACGACAAUUCGUGAAUAGUGAACUUGAUCAGCUGCAAAGUUUUUCCUCUGCCCUACGACAAAGAAGACUCCAGACAGUGUCUUAUAACCAUGCUCGCCAUGGCGUGGUCCAGAAAGACUGGCGUGUCUUUCGUCUGUCGCCCGAUCCACCCCCAUAUUGUCAGGAGCCCGUUCCCGAGCAGGUGAAUCAGGUAGAUCCACCCCUGUAUUCUGAAUCUGAGCAGAAUGUUGGAAAACGGCGCAGAGACCCACGGUCAAUCUCACCUGACGUUGAAGGACGCAAAAGACUGCUCCUUCCAUCCCCUCACCAAAUAGGCUCUCCGACCGAAGUGAACACGCCGAGUACUCUCCCCGUGUCACCAUCAUCGAUUCGCCCAACUUACUUUACGCGUGCAAUCUCUCCUGGGCACACAGAGUGCAAGAGACUUGCGCUUCUUGAACAUGAGCUCCGUGGUGUUUCCGAUGACAUGAUUCGCGAACUAUUGAUUCGAUCGGGACGUCAACAUCUGCUGGCCAUACCAAAAGACGGAGACCGCAACCUGCCAUGCGAGUUUGAGCAAGUCAGCUCCUCCGAGGUCGAGAUGAUUGAACGCCGGCUCAAACGAUAUAUCGAUAGUGCCGUGAGCGAGUGUCGUGAUCAGAUCUAUGAUGUGUACACAACGAACGAAGCCGAAUUCCGUGAACAGGUCGACGAUGGUAACUCCGAGGUACGCAAUACAGCCACUGAAUGUAUGAAUGAAUUGAAAGAGCAGGCGCAAGGGCACAUGCUUGAGAUAGAAGAACAAGCGCAACAGUACAUGAAGGAUAUCGAGGAUCAGGGAAUCGAGGUUGAGAUGUCUGCGAAGAAAAAGCUCGGGCGAUUAUUCAAUGCUUCUGCUCAGUCCUUACUUGAUAGCAAGUCAAGCCCUAGCCAUCAGCUAGGUACUGAUGCCAGGCGCAGUUCCAUUUAA